AUGAAGGUGAUACCAUUGUUGAGUUUGGCAAGUGCUGUUAUAGCCAUCUCUGAAUACGAGGAUGACAUUUAUGGUUUCAAACAUAUGCAAAAUGCAUCACUUGAAGAUAUGUGGGAUGGGUUAUGGCCAUUUCAAGGCAUCAACACGUUUGCCCAUUUAGAUUCACAUAAAUGCUUGGUUGAUCGUGAAUCGAAAUACGACGUGGCGUUAAUAGGUGUUCCAUUUGAUACAGCUGUUAGUUAUAGACCCGGUACAAGAUUUGGACCAAGAGCCAUAAGACAAGCAUCUCAAAGACAAAAUGCGUUAAGAGGCUUCAACCAUAGAGCUAUGUUUAACCCCUAUCAAGAUUGGGCCAAAGUAAUUGAUUGUGGAGAUAUCCCUGUUACUCCUAUGGAUAAUAGUAUUGCCUUUAAGCAAAUGACCCUUGCCUUUGAAGAGCUUUUAUUACUGAGAAACUCCUCUCAUGUACCCAAUAAACCUCCUAAAUAUGUGGCUCUAGGUGGUGAUCAUAGUGUCCUUUUACCUCACAUCAGAGCUUUGAAUAAAGCCCACGGACCAUUGAAUAUCAUUCAUUUUGAUGCCCAUUUGGACACCUGGUCUCCUGAUAAAUAUCCAUCGUUUUGGCAGUCAGCUACCAAUGAUCUUAAUCAUGGGUCGAUGCUUUGGAAAGCUCAUCAAGAAGGUUUAACCACUAAACACAAUGUUCAUGUCGGUGUUAGAACUCGGUUGUCCAGUCUUGCUGAUUACGAAGAUGAUGAUACUCAAGACUUUCUUCGUAUUGAAGCAGAUGAUAUUUGGAUCUAUGGGGUUCACCAUGUGAUACGUAGUAUUCUUAAACGAGUACCCAAAAAUACUCCAACUUAUAUAUCUGUUGAUAUUGAUUGUUUGGACCCCGGGUUUGCUCCAGGUACAGGGACUCAAGAACCCGGUGGAUUAUUACCUCGGGAAUUAAUCUACAUACUAAGAGGUAUUGAUGGAUUGAACUUGGUUGGGGCUGAUAUUGUUGAAGUUAGUCCUGCUUUUGACUCCUCAGAAAUUACUGCGACAAAUGGUGCCCAAGUAGCUUUUGAGUUGAUAACUAGUAUGGUCAAACAGGGCAAGACGGAUCUUGCUAUUACUGAAGUAGAGGAGGAUAAAAAUCAAUAA